GGUGUUUUGUUUGGUUUGACACUACCCAGUUCGGAGGUGGUUUAUGAUGACUGUUGCUAUGGUUACCGGGUUUGUUUUGAGGUGACAUUUCCCGGUCGAUAGCAUUUAACGUUCCCUUUCGUCUCAAACUGUCUCUGUUUAUCUUCAACAAUGUUGAAAAGAUAAAUCGGAGAUUUUAAACCUCCAAAAUGUCGGUGCGACGACUCCUAGCCCGCGGCCUGGAGCUCAGCCGCUCGGCCUUGCGCCUCGUCAAUCCCGCGGCUCGGGCUCAGGCGGGCGCGGCCUUUGUGCAACCCUGGGCCCGGCAGCCGCUCCAAGCCGGCCUACCCGCCCGCUACCGCUAUUUCCGCCUGUCUUUGGGCGGCCUAGCGGCUCAGCUUCAGCGCCGGGCGUCUCGGCAGCUCCGCGGGCCGGGCGGUGCUUUGCUGGCCUUCGGCCUGGGCCUGGGCUUCAUCGAACAGCAGGUGGAGGAGGUGAGGACGAGCAUCGCUGCCUGCGAGGAGAUCCAGACAUUGUUUAAACGGAAGAAAAUCAAGUAUGAAAACUCCAUACCUUCACGCACGAGUGGAUAUCGAUUUGAAGAUUACAAGGUUGGAUACAACAUUGGAAAGGGGUGUAAUGCAGCUGUGUACAAGGCCUUUAUCCCUGAAGUACCCAAAACAAAAGCAAGUGACACGAUCACGAAAAAGGAGAAAGCUGAAGUAGUUAACAGGCAGGCAAAGAGUGCAGCCAGAGGUCAGUGUGUCUCUGGUGAGGAUUCCGAAGUAAGAAAGAAGAUAUCGAUUACACAGGAAAACUCAAGUUUGAGUUUUGUGAUUUUGAAGAAAGAAACAUUAACAGACUCACUGAGGGCUUGUGAAGGAGACACCAGCAACCCCUUGAGAGCUUCUGGGGGAGGCAGCAGUUACCCCCUGAGGGCCUUCGAGGAAGACACCAACUACCCCCUGAAGGUGCCUGAAGGAGAAACCAGCUAUCCACUUGCUCUAAAAAUGCUUUGGAACAUAAAUGCAGGAUCCUCCAGUGAUGCAAUACUAACAUCAAUGGUUAAGGAGCUGGUUCCAACCAUCCCGAAUGCAUUAAUCGGAGAGUUUGGUGGAAUGAAAGGAAAAAAAAUGAAACCACAUCCAAACAUCAUUCAGGUUGUCCGAGCUUUCGUAGACAGUGUUCCGCUCUUGCCUGGAGCUUGGAUGGAGUAUCCUGAUGUGCUACCAACCAGAUUGAAUCCUUGUGGCUUGGGAUACAACCACACCCUCUUUCUGGUAAUGAAGAGCUAUCCGUGCACCCUGCAACAGUACCUGCAGGUCUGUAUCCCUAACAAAGAAUGUGCUACUGUGAUGAUUCUUCAGUUGCUGGAGGGAGUGGAUCAUCUGGUUCAGCAUGGAAUUGCACACCGAGAUCUGAAGUCUGAUAAUAUUCUGGUGGAGUUUGAUUCAGUUGGCUGCCCACGUUUGGUGAUCACUGAUUUUGGUUGCUGUCUGGCUGAAGAAUCUCUGGGGUUGAAGCUUCCCUUUACCAGUAACGAUGUCAACCGGGGAGGAAAUAUCUGCCUAAUGGCUCCUGAGAUUUCUGCAGCAAUCCCUGGACCCGGAGUCAUAAUUGAUUACAACAAAUCAGAUGCCUGGUCAGUGGGCACCUUGGCCUAUGAGAUCCUGGGCCUUCGUAAUCCAUUUUAUGGAUAUGGAAUGGAUUACCUGGAAAGCUGGAACUAUCAAGAGGAUAAGUUGCCACCUCUGCCGGGCUCAAUUCACAGAGACGUGAGACUGGUGGUGAAACGUCUGUUGUGCAGAGAUCCUAAGAGGCGUCUGUCAGCGAGAGUAGCUGCAGACAUGCUUCACCUACACCUGUGGGGGCCAGAGCUCCUUGCCUCAACUCCGAUCACUGUGGAGAAUGUUUUCAGAUGGCUUCGGUGCCAGACUCUGCUCACCCUCCUGCAGGUUUCAAUGAAUCAUAAAUUACCUGUGGAGAUUGAACUAAAGAGAAGCUUCUUGGCAAAUCUCAGCUUUGAAGAACUAAGGCUGGGACUAGAUCUGCUGCUACAUGUGAAGACCUAAAUGAGUUCACAUCAAUCAAUAAAACAGUCAGUUUGAAAACAGAAUUUGGUGAAACCACUGCUACUAAUUAUGGAUGUAGGAAUAAAACUAUGCAUUUAGUUCAUAAUUUAACUACGUGAAUAAAAUUCAAGAUGUCUAGAA